AUGUCGUCUUACGAUGACGAGCACGAUCCCCAGGCGGACGAGCUCCGGGAAACCGCCCUCGUCACCCUGGAGACGUUGAUUAGCUCUUGCAACUCUCAGAUGCAGCCAUACAUGUCCAAUACCAUCAAUUCAGCCCUUCGAUUUCUCAAAUACGAUCCCAAUGUUGCCGAAGCCGAAGACGAUGAAGAAAUGGGCGGCACUCAGGAUGAUGGCUCUGAAGAUGACGUAACAGAGGAACCCGAUCUGGACGACGAUGACGAGUUUGAGGAUUUCGAGGAAGAAGGAGGCUACAGUGAUAUUGAUGAUAUGAGCUGGAAGGUCCGCCGCUGUGCAGCAAAAUUGCUCUAUUCCGUCAUCUCGUCCUACACCCGCGGCCGUGCUGCAGACGAUGCGUCCUUGUUUCAGCAAAUCUCCCCCGCUCUUAUCGCCCGGUUCAAUAAAGAAAGGGAAGAAAGUGUCAAGCUCGAAGUUGUGUCUACCAUGACUGCGCUUGUUCGGAAAACAGGCGAAGGCGCUAUGAUAAUCACCACCCCCGUUGUUGCUCCUUCCUCGCCUAAAUCCGGUCCACAGGCGGAGCUGGCUCGGUCGGUGCCGAUAAUUGUGCAGAGUGUUGUCAAGAUGUGGAAGCAAGCUUCUGUACCACUGAAGCAGGCUAUUAUCGUGCUGCUUAAGAGCCUUGCACUCGUUCGCUACGGUGGUCUUGCGGAUCAUCUCCAACAGCUCGAGGACCCCAUAGCGGAUGUCUUGAAAUCCUCUUCUCUCUCAGGCGGUUCAUCCGCACCUGUCGGGUCUUCGGCGAGUGCGGGCACCCUUCAGACCGAAACUUUAGGACUCAUCGCCGCGAUUGCUGAAACGCAUACGUCUGAUGCAUUGUUACCCUUCCUUAUCGCGUUGAUUCCCGGCGUCAUUGGGGCUGUCAAUGACCGGAACUACAAGGUCAGCAGCGAAGCGUUGGGAGCCGUCGAACAAAUCGUGAAGGCGCUUACGCCGCCGCGGGUCCCCAGCGCCUCUCAGGACCUUGCAUCGCACCUAGAGAGACUAUAUGAUGUCGUUCAUACCCGGAUCACUGAUACGAGUGCCGACCUCGAAGUUCGCCAGAGAGCAAUUCACGUCUUCGGUGUGCUCUUGGCCCGGACAGCUGGGGAGAAAGGUUCUUCUUUCCUCCCGCUUGAACAACGCUCUAAAGGUCUUUCUGUUUUGGUGGAGCGACUGAAGAACGAGACCACGCGGCUCGCAGCUGUCCGUGCUGUUGACGAUGUGGCCGUCCUUUGCACUCGUGAGGUGGAUGUCGCACCGACAUGGGUUAGUGAAGUUACUGCAGAGCUUGGCGCACAGCUUCGCAAGUCAGACCGGGUUCUUCGAGGUGCUAGCUUGGAGGCUCUUCGCAGCCUGGCCAUGAACCCCAACACCAGAACUCAUUACGACGAUAAGACCAUGAAAGAGCUAGAAGAUAGUCUUCUACCGCUCAUCAGCGCAGAAGAUUUCCAUUUCCUCGCGCCGUCACUCAUUAUUCUAGCGAAGCUGGUUCCAGGGAAUGCUCAGCUUCUUGUGAACGAGAACCUGAUCUCUGCGCUGUGUUCCGUCGUUCUAUCAUCGCUCGUUGGAACAGUACUGAAGGCCCUUCUCCUGUUAGUCAAGGUCAUUGGAGAAGAGGGAGCUGGUGCUGCAUUGAUGAAGAAGCUUCUUCAAGAUGUCGGUAUCAGCGGCGACACGUCAGUGGUCGGUAGAGCGAUCGGAACUCUCUUGGUGCACGGUGGUCCUAAGCUGGGUGUCAAAAUGGAAGAUUUCAUGACGGAGCUGGAGACUGCCCAGGAUGCUCAACGUAAAUGCCUUGCGCUCGCGAUAUUGGGAGAGAUCGGUCUACGGAUGGGCUCCAGCUGUUCACUAACCCCUGAACUCUUCAUCACCCAUUUUAACUCCAAAUCCGACAAGGUCCGACUGGCUGCAGCCACAGCUCUGGGUAAUGCAGCAGCUGGGAACGUCAAGUCUUACUUACCUAUUAUCCUGGGUGGUCUUGAGAAGGGCAAUCCGCAGAGUUAUCUGCUCCUUCAUUCCGUGAGGGAACUACUCCAACAUCCCGAGAUCGUCCGGCCAGAUGUAGCUCCCUCUGCUGUCAAGCUCUGGCAAGCACUUCUGGUUGUGUCAGAGGAGGAAGACAACCGAGCCGUUGGUGCAGAAUGUGUAGGCCGGCUCGCCCUGAUCGAUCCAGUCGCUUACAUUCCUCAUUUCCAGGAUUAUCUCUCCAGCAGUGACCCGAGUAUCCGCAGCGUUGUCAUUUCCGCAUUCCGCUACACCCUCUCGGAUCCCAGAGACACGUACAACGAUGUGCUGAGGCCCGUGAUCGUACCUCUGUUGGUCAACAUGCUGAGCGACCGCGACCUUGGCAAUCACCGUCUUGCUCUGACGACCUUGAACUCCGCUAUCCACAACAAGAUGGACAUCCUUCUUCCCCACCUCAACGAACUCCUCCCGGCCGUCUUCGGCGACACCAAGGUGAAGCCAGAACUCAUCCGCGAAGUGCAAAUGGGACCAUUCAAGCACCGUGUCGACGACGGUCUCGAGCUCCGCAAGAGCGCCUAUGAAACCCUCUACGCCUCCCUCGACUCCGCAUUCUCCCUCAGCCACAUGAGCGAAUUCUUCGACCGCAUCCUCUCCGGCAUCGACGACGAACAAGACAUCCGCACAAUCUGCAACCUAAUGACCUCCAAGCUGAUCCAUCUCGCCCCCGAAGAGACGCAGCGCCACCUCGACGCGCUCUCAGAACGCUACAACGCCAUUCUCUCCUUCAAGCCGAAGGAAAACGCCGUGAAGCAAGAACUCGAGAAAGCGCAAGAGGCAUCAUUGGGCGUGCUGAAGAUCAGUCGCGAACUGAGCAAGGCGUUCCCGAAUGCCGAGGUGGCGGGUGAUCACCACAAAUGGAAGGCUUAUAUGGAGUUGAUUCGGAAAACGUAUGGUGCGCAGCUUAAAACGUUGGAGGCGGAGGCUUAG